GCAAAAUGGGAGGCUCAACUAUGUUUCGUCUUCUUCUUUCGUCAUUUCUGCUCUGCAGCUUCUUACAGCUGCAGCAACCUGCCUAUGCCAUUAAAAAGUCGUACGUCGUAUACUUGGGAUCACAUUCUCAUGGUCCAAAACCUUCCUCUGCUGAUAUGGAAGCUGCCACAAGCUCCCAUCACGAUUUGCUUGCCUCUGUCUUGGGAAGCCAUGAAAAGGCCGAAGAAGCCAUCAUUUAUUCAUAUAACCGACACAUCAAUGGCUUUGCUGCAUUAGUUGAAGAAGAUGAGGCGGCAGAGAUCAAGAAAAAUCCAAAAGUAGUGUCGGUGUUCGUGGGCCAAUCGCACAAACUGCAAACAACCAGGUCAUGGGGUUUUCUCGGACAAGAAAGAAAUGGGAGAAUCAGAGCUGACUCAGCUUGGGUCAAAGGAAGAUUUGGUCAAAAUGUGAUUAUUGGCAGUCUUGAUAGCGGUGUUUGGCCAGAAUCGAAAAGCUUCCGAGAUGAUGGGUACGGUCCCGUUCCAAGGAAGUGGCGGGGAGGAUCAAGAUGCGAGCUCUAUAGUUUGUCUGGUCCACGUAACAGAACUCUUUGCAACAGGAAGCUGAUUGGAGCAAAAGCAUUCUAUCAAGGCUACGAGAGAAAGCAAGGAAGCCUUGGCCCUAGAAGUGGAAUCAGCGCUCGUGACAUGGUGGGGCAUGGGACCCACACUCUGUCCACAGCAGGUGGCAACUUCGUACGAAACAUUAGUGUUCUGAACAACGGGAAUGGAACAGCCAAGGGAGGAUCUCCAAGAGCUCGUCUGGCAGUGUACAAGGUUUGCUGGGGUCAAGGUAGUUCUGAACACUGCACCGAUGAAGAUAUGAUCAAAGCUUUCGAUCGAGCCAUCGACGACGGCGUUGAUAUCCUCUCCGUUUCCAUUGCUGGGAUGGCUGUGCCAAAUGUGAAUGACAUGUUGACCAACGGCAUCUCCUUAGGAUCCUUCCAUGCUGUUUCCAGGGGAAUCAUGGUUGUUGCCGCCGCCGGUAAUUAUGGACCCAAACCACAAACAGUGUGCAAUGUGGCGCCUUGGAUCUUCACUGUUGCUUCUGGCUCCAUAGACAGAGAAUUCAGCAAUAAUAUUACUCUUGGCAAUGGCCAACGUGUUAGGGGGACAAGUCUUGCCAUAAACGCCACUUCUCGGACGUUAAGUCGCGUGGUCAUCGCUGGGAAUGCCAGGCUUCCUAAUGUAUCAUUUCAAGAUGCUCAGCUUUGUAAACCAGGAACACUUGAUCCUAACAAAGUAAGAGGCCGUAUAUUGCUAUGCCAAAGAGGAAGGAGCCUAAGGCCUGUGGAAAAGGGCGCAGAAGCAAAGCGUGUGAAUGCAUUGCAAAUGAUUUUACAAAAUGAUAACGAGUUGAACACACGUACUGCUGAUGUUCAGUCUAUUGAUACUUCCAAUGUUCCACAAAGUGUUGGUAUGCACGGACCAGUCAGCCAAUCGUAUUUCUCCAAAAACAAGAACCCACUGGCAUUCAUGAAUAAUGCUAAAACAUUUAUACCGAUAACGCCAGCUCCAAUGGUUUCUGCAUUCUCAUCAAGGGGGCCCAACAUGAUUCUUCCCUCAAUCCUCAAGCCUGAUGUAACAGCACCAGGUCAAGACAUAAUUGCUGCUUAUUCAUUUGCUGCAAGUCCCACCAACCUAGAUUCAGAUGACCGUCACUUUAACUAUAAUGUCCAAACCGGAACUUCCAUGGCAUGUCCUCAUGUUUCUGGAAUUGCUGGUCUUAUUAAAAAUCGCCAUCCUAAUUGGAGUCCUGCAAUGAUCAAGUCAGCAAUCAUGACCACAGCAAGCACACUGGAUAACACCAAUAGACCGAUCAAGGACGAACAAGAUUUUCGGAUAGCAACUCCAUUUCAUUAUGGCACAGGAUAUGUCAAACCCAACCUCGCAAUCGACCCUGGACUUGUUUAUGAUCUCAAAACUUCUGAUUACCUCAACUUAUUAUGCUUUUCUGCUUAUGAGGACAGAAUAAUUAAAGCCAUUAAUUACAAUAGGCCAUACAGAUGUCCAAGGUCAUAUAGCCUACAAGAUUUCAAUUACCCUUCCAUCACAUUGCCUUUUCUGGGUGUGAAAGCUGUAAAUGUUAGUCGUGUAGUAACAAAUGUUGGGCCUCCAAGCACAUAUACUGUAAAUGUCGAACCCCCAAGAGGAUUUAAGAUUGUUGUUCUUCCCACAACUUUAAUCUUUCAGAGGACAAACCAGAAAAAGAACUAUAUGGUUAUUUUACAGGCAACAAGUUCAGCCAAAACUUCAGAGCAUUCAUUUGGAGAGUUGACUUGGACAGAUGGCAAGCACAAAGUGAGAAGUCCUAUAGUAAUCCCUCGACAUGCGAAAAUGGCUAUGUAGAUUUCAAUGUUACCAAUAAUCCAUCCUGUUUGUGUAAUAGUUUGAGAAAGGCAGGAAUGUUAAUUGUUGUGUGCUCAGAUGUGUGUGGAUGUACUCAUCUUUGUCUUAUUACAAAAUAAAACGAGGGGUCUACUCGAGAGUUACUCGCAAAUUUCU